UUUCCUCUUGUCCGUUUUAGCUUGGUCUGUCGUUCUCCAAUAUAGACGAAAAGGAAUGUAAGCCUGUUAAGAGCAGGAUCGUUUCAACUCUGAAGAGAGAAAUUUGAUGCAGGAGCUAUUCCGUUGUAUGUCCGUUAACCUUUAGUGUUGAUUACAACCUUACGGGACCCGAGUUUAGGUAGACGUUCUACCGUGUGACCACCAGAUGGCAGCAGUUAAUACAGAAGACAACGUGUACUGCGAGGCUGUAUUGCAUGGUGUGCCCCCUGCUGACGACGAUGAUGAUCUGCAGCCACGAUGUCAGGAAGGCAACAUACAGGGACAGGAAGAUGAGUUUCUGGGGCCACACCCAGACUAUGAUGAGGAAGAGGAGGAGAGGAAGUAUUACAGGCGGAAAAGGCUGGGUGUGGUUAAGAACGUGGUGGGGGCCAGCUGUGGGGGCAUGAUCCUCUACAGUGUUUACAUGGGCCUGCUGCAGAUGCAGUUAAUUCUGCACUACGACGAGACGUACAGAGAGGUGAAAUAUGGCAGUCUGGGCCUGGAGGACAUUGACAACAAGAUGCUGAUGGGCAUUAAUGUCACUCCUGUCGUGGGCUUGCUCUACACACCUGUGCUCAUCCGGUUCCUGGGCACCAAAUGGAUGAUGUUCCUCGCCUCUGGAAUUUAUGCUCUCUUUGUCUCCACCAAUUACUGGGAGCGGUAUUAUACGCUGGUGCCAUCAGCUGUUGCCAUAGGGGUUGCCAUAGUCCCUCUAUGGGCCUCUCUUGGGAACUACAUUACCAGGAUGGCCCAGCAGUAUUACGAGUAUGUAAACUAUAAGGAAGAGCAUGUGCAGGAGCAGAAGAAGGUGCCAAAGGGUGCAUGCCAUCAUUAUGUCAUCAUCUUCCAGUCGGUUUUCUACAUCUGCUUCCAUCUGAGUUUCGUGUUUGCAGAGUUCCCCAUGGUCCUCUUCCUCAAUAACUAUUUGAGUGACUACAAUCACACUCUGUACAAUGUCAAGCAAUGUGGAGCAGAUGGGAAGGGAGUGAUAGAGGGUUUCAAUAAGACCGUGCUGCAUCAGUUGCCUCGCUCUAUGCUCCUCAUUGAGGUAGAGAGUGUUUUAAUGGGAGCUGCCUUCAUCGCCAUGAUCAUAUUCCUGGCCAUGUGUGGUGCUGCGUACCGGCCCACGGAGGAGAUCGACCUGCGUAGCAUCGGCUGGGGCAACAUCUUCCAGCUGCCCUUCAAGCACCUGCGUGACUACCGCCUGCGUCUGCUCUGCCCUUUCUUCAUCUACUCCGGCUUUGAAGUGCUGUUCGCCGUCAAGGGUCUCAUACUGUCCUACGGCGUGUGUGCGCUAGGAAUGGAGCAUCUGUGGUUGCUGGUGAUGGUCUAUGGCUUGGCAUCCUCGGCGUGUUCGGCACUCUCACUGGCCCUCCUGCUGCAGCGCUUGCCCCGACAAACCUUGCUCCUCGGUGGGGCAGUGGUCCACCUGGUGCUGCUCAUGGUUCUCAUGUGCUGGUCUUCUACCCCCAAGAAGCUUGAUCAGCUGCCUCAGCUGUUGAUUCUGGUGGCUCUCUGGGGUCUUGGCACUGCUCUGAACAAGACCAGCCUGAGCACUCUGCUCGGCAUGCUCUAUGAGGACAAAGAACGCUUGGACUUUGUCUACACCGUCUACCACUGGUGGCAGGCUAUCGCUAUUUUUAUCGUCUACCUCUGGUCUAGCCUGCCUAUGAGGGCCAAGCUUGCUAUCUUAAUGGUUACCCUGCUGGUUGCAGGCUUCUGUUAUUGGCAGAUGGAACAUCGUCUAGUCAAGAAAAUCCCUUUCAGAUUGCCACGGAUUCCCCGUCCACGACACAAAGUCAAAGGUUACCGGUACUUGGAGGAGGAAAACUCUGACGAAUGCGAGUCAGACAAGAGCGAUGUGGAGGAUGAGGAUGAAGAGGGCAGGCAGGCUGAGGAAGAGAGGGUGGAGGAUGCCAGCUCCCAGGAUUCUGAUUCGCUAGGACCUGAGAGAGGCAGGGCAAGAGGGCGGCGGCGGAGGCAGGAUGAUACCGCCUACGAACAGGCAGGAGACCGAGAGGUAUAUGACUAGGCCAUGUGACUGAACACUCUCUGCUGAUUGGACAGGAGGAUGGGCUGCCCUUGGAUCCAAAAUAGAGAACGGGUUCCCAGUGAAUAUAUGUGUGUGUAAGUAAGUGAGAGAGAAGGAAUAAAUGAGUGAACGAAUGAAUAAAAAGGAUUGAAUGAGUGAAUAAAUGAACACAUGAGUAGGUAAAUGAAUGGGUGAAUAAAUGAAUGAGAGUGAAUUAAUGAAUGAAUUAAAAGUGAAUGAAUAAGUAAAGGAUUUAAAGUAAUUGUUUUGAGAGAAUAUUUUUGGGAGGAAAAAGGUGUGUACGUUUUUUUUUUUUUGUUUGUUUGUUUGUUUUUCAUAAUCUAGAAGAGAGAAAAACUACCAUGACAGAAAAAGGAAGGUCUGCAAGUGUUUAAGUAAAAUGAGAAGUGAAAAGAGGAAGCAGCUACUACCUUAAAAGGCCAGGUGGUCUGUUGCUAUAGAAACAGACCACACUGAACUGUUGGUCAAGGUGAUUCUGCAGGUUUUCAUCUGCUUUUCACUUGGUUCCACUUUUACACUGUAUGUCUUUUGCUUUCAUACAGGUUGAUUUUGAAGUCAAUAGUUAUAUGGUUAUUUCAGUUCAGAGUGGUGAUUUUUUUUUCCUUUUAUAACUUCCAUGUUUUAAAACACAUGGUGUUCAGACUUUUUUUAAAUACACACAUUUACAACUACACACUCACUCACACUUUUCAUACUCAGAGAUACGCACUCAAUAUAACCACGAAAGCAAAUUUGAGGUAAAUAUGCGUUUCUUAGUCACCAACUAUCUUCUGUUGCACACACUCAUCUGUCCCAUAUAGCAGUUACACAUCACAAAACGCCAGUACAGCGUACUUGGGGUGGACCGUCCAACUGGUCCACAUUUUCCGUAGCGCAUACACAUCACUGCCCAGGCCGCAGCUCGGCCACUCCCAGCACUGGUAGAGCGACAGUUGGAGCUGUGAGUGCUUAUGCUCCCUCUCAUUAGGCCUGAUGUCCCCCACUCACCUCUGCCUACCUGCACGCAGCCUCAGUGCCGCCCCCUGCUGAUGGACUGGUUUGGAGCCCCAGUCUGUCCAGUGCCUGCAUACUCUUCCACAUGCCUCCCUCUGUGAUGCACUGGUGCCCAUGGUAGCCAGGGAACUCUCAGCACACAAAACUGGCAUUUUAGCUGGACCCUGAGACAGGAAAGAGAUGGAUCAAGCAGGAUUAUGGAAACGUCGAAAGAGUAUGUGAACAAAAAUGAGUGGUGUGGCGUUUUCCCAGUAAUGAAUAGCUAUAAUAGGAUGUUUGUAUAAUCGGAUAAUCAGAUGUUUGUAUAAUAGGAUGUUUGUAUGUUUGUAUAAUCGGAUGUUUGAUUAACUGCAUUUUUUUUAAAUUUUCUUUUUUUGAAGAAAUGAGUGCAUAUGUACUUGCCACUGUUUGGCUUUCCAUAUUGACAGUUUAUGGUGUGCUGCUGCUUUCAUCUGCUAUACAGGGCCUUAUUUACCAAAACUGUGUUAAGUCUCUAAGGUGUCAUCUGUGAAUUUCACAAACACUCUCAUGUUCUGUAUGCCUGCUCAAGUGUAGUGUGUGAUCAUAAAUUAUGAUUAACAUGC